AAAAAAAAAAGAAAGACAAAAAGAAAGAAAGAGACAGAGAAAGAAAAAGGGAUAGAAAAAGAUGGAUCGCCACAAAGCAGCCGUGGCCAAGAUCGCGGCGACGGUGCGCUCCUUCUACGCGGCGCGCGAGCCGUACCGCAUCUUCCACGGCAGCACCAACUCGACGCGGCCGCGGCCGUCGGCGUCGCAGACCAAGACGGUCGACAUCUCGGCGCUGCGCAACGUGCUGUCGGUGGACACGGCCCGCCGCGUCGCCCUCGUCGAGCCCAACGUGCCCAUGGACCGCCUCGUCGAGGCCACCCUCCCGCACGGCCUCGUGCCCCCCGUCGUCAUGGAGUUCCCCGGCAUCACGGCCGGCGGCGGCUUCGCGGGCACCGCCGGCGAGAGCUCCUCCUUCCGCCACGGCUUCUUCGACGACACCGUCCGCCGCGUCGAGAUGGUCCUGGCCGACGGCGAGGUCGUCGAGGCCACCCGUGGGGGGGGAGAAGGGGAAGAAGAAGGGGGGGUGAGGGCGGAUCUGUUCCGGGGCGCGGCCGGCGCGGUGGGCACGCUGGGCACGACCACGCUGCUCGAGGUGCAGCUGAUGGAGGCGCGCCGGUUCGUCCGGACCCGGUACCGGCGCACGAGGAGCGUGGCCGAGGCGGUCGAGGCGGUCCGGGAGGAGGUGCGCCGCGAGGAGAACGACUACGUGGACGGGAUCCUCUUCUCCAAGGACCACGGCGUCGUGGUGACGGGCCAGCUGACGGACGAGGCGCCGCCGGCCGGCCAGAAGGUGCAGACCUUCAGCGGGCCGUGGGACCCCUGGUUCUACCUGCACGCCAAGGAGCGGACGGCGCCCGAGAGGGGCGACGAGGGCGCGGCGCCGGUCGACCACGUCCCGCUGGCCGAGUACCUGUUCCGCUACGACCGCGGCGGCUUCUGGGUCGGCGCGGCCGCGUUCGAGUACUUCGGGUUCGUCCCCUUCAACCGCUUCUCCCGCUGGUUCCUCGACGACUUCCUGCACACGCGCAUGAUGUACCGCGCCCUGCACGGGUCCGGCGAGAGCGCCCGCUUCGUCGUCCAGGACGUCGCCAUGCCCUUCGAGACGACCGAGCGCUUCGUCGACUACACCUCGUCCGAGCUCGGCAUCUGGCCGCUCUGGCUGUGCCCGCUCAAGCGGCGCCGCCCGCCCACCUUCCACCCCUUCACGACCCUACCGGAGGGCGUUCGGAAGGAGCCGGGGGAUGAUGAUGAUGAUGAUGACGCCGGGGAUGCCGACAUGAUGCUCAACGUCGGCGUCUGGGGCUGGGGCCCCUCCGACCCGGCCGAGUUCGUCCGCAAGAACCGCGAGCUCGAGAACAAGGUGCGCGAGCUCGGCGGCAUGAAGUGGCUGUACGCGCACACCUACUACCCCGAGGACGAGUUCUGGUCCAUGUACGGCGGCCGCGGGUGGUACGACGAGCUGCGCGACAAGUACAACGCCAAGACGCUCCCGACCGUCUGGGACAAGGUCCACGUCGACCCCGACGUCGCCCGCGCCAAGAAGCGGCACUGGCUCAAGAGGCUGCCCCCGCUGGGCGGCUUCUAUGGCAUCUACAAGAGCAUACAGAGCAAGGACUACUUGCUGCACCGACAUGCGAAGUGGAAGUGGAAGGGCGAGUGAUGCUUGCCCUUUUCUCGUCUGUUUUGUUUUCCAUCUUUCCUUUCCCCCUUGCUAUGCUGAAUGUAGCCCACUGUAAAACCAUCAUGCAUAUAUGUACUGUACUCUAGAACGAUUCUUAGAGGUAGAGGGAGUCUUGACUGUGGGAUGAGAG